AUGGUUGAUAUUGAGGGUGGUAGUGCUUCUGGGGCAGAUGAUUACCCAGAUGAUUGUGACGACUAUUAUGGGCUUUCUGAAGAAAGCGAUAAAGAUGAUGUUAUACUAAGGUUUCGUAGGAUUCUUAAGGAUGAUCUCUGUCCAAUUUGCUUUUCACCACCAUCAUCUUCGGAAUGUGUGGACACGAGCCAGAACCCAGCUUUUGCUGAACCUCGUCUAUUUGGAAUGAGUUGUGGCCACAUGUUUUGUCUUGAAUGUUGGAAGUCGUUUUUCAACGUCCGGAUCUCAAGCUCACACGUGCCGAUAAUUGAGUGCAUGGACACAGAAUGUACCAUACGAAUUCCCGACGACUUUAUUUUGGCUGUUCUCAAUGAUCUUGAGUCUGCGCUGAAGCAUCGCCAACAUAUUCUUAACGAGGUUAUCAAGGCUCAUCCUCGACUACGUCCCUGCACUGAUACUCACUGCACGAGCAUCAUUUAUGCCCUCGAAGCACCAAAACCGCUGCGUGUAACCUGUGAGACCUGCGGCACACAAUUCUGUUUUUCCUGUAGCAUUGAAUACCACGCUCCGGCACACUGCGAGACGAUUAAGCAGUGGCUGCAAAAGUGCCGAGAUGACUCUGGCACCGCCAAUUACAUGGCUGCUCACACCAAGGAUUGUCCCAAUUGUGGUGUUUUAAUAGAAAAAAACGGUGGAUGUAAUCACAUGCAAUGUUUCAAAUGUCAGCAUCAGUUUUGUUGGGUCUGUCUUGGACCUUGGCAGGAGCACCCAGUGGAAUACUACAACUGUAGCAAGUACCGCAAAUCUGAAGAUUCUGAACGAGAAUCCAAAAGAACUCGGGCCAGAGAAUAUCUUCAACGCUACCUAUUCUACUAUGAAAGGUGGGAGAAUCAUGAGAGGAGUUUGCGUUUGGAGGAAAAACACUACGCCAGCAUCCAAGCCCGAAUUCAGUCAAAAAUGCAAAACGGUGAAGGUACGUGGAUCGACUGGCAGUAUCUUUUAACGGCUGCAGAUACCCUUCGGAAGUGCCGCUACACCCUCAAGUACACAUAUCCCUAUGCCUACUACCCCCCUCCCUGCAUGUCACAGCGCCUGCCAUUGUUCGAGUACCAGCAAGCUCUCCUCGAAGCUGAGGUAGAGGAUCUCUCUUGGAAGAUUGCCCGUGCCGAAAUAACAGAACGAGGUGCACUACUGAACAAAAUGAACAUUUGCGAAAAGCACCGGAGAACAUUAAUACAGGAAUUUUACUAA